AUGGAGGCGGCGGGCGGCGAGCAGCGGGAGCUGCUCAUCCAGAGGCUGCGGGCCGCGGUGCACUACACGACGGGCUGCCUGUGCCAGGGCGUCGCUGAGGACAAGGGCGUACUGUUCAGCAAGCAAACCGUCGCCGCCAUAUCCGAGAUCACCUUCAGGCAGUGCGAAAACUUUGCAAGAGACGUCGAGAUGUUUGCCAGGCAUGCAAAGCGAAGCACAAUCACUUCAGAAGACGUGAAGCUUUUGGCUAGAAGGAGCAAUUCUUUGCUUAAGUACAUCACACAGAAAAGUGAAGAGCUUGCAUCAAGUAACAUGGAACAAAAGGAGAAGAAGAAGAAGUCCAGUGCAGCUAAGGGAAGGAGAACUGAGGAAAAUGAAACACCUGUGACUGAAAGUGAAGAUUCCAACAUGGCAUGAUUUACCUUUCAGUAACUUCUCUGGUCUUCCCUUACUAUCCUAGAAGACCAAGGUUAGCCUGCCAGUGAUUGCUCUUGCAGGUUAGCAAGCUUAAGGAAUCUCUGUAAUUUUUUUAGGUAAAUGUGCUUAGUUACAUUUUCUUGUUCCAAAAAUGAAAGGACUGUUGGAAUCUGACAAAGUUUACAGCCAAAAUGCCUGAAUUGUUCACUAAACAAAAUCUUACUGUUAUUAAGAAGAAACUCCUUUAUUAAUAGAAUUUAAAGCAAGGCAUAGCCACUGAGCAUAUUCACACCUCAGUAUGAGCAACUCCCUGCAAAGGACAAUUUAAUUUCUCCAAUAAUUUUUUGACCUCUUCCUCACUUCCAUUUCUGACAGAUUUGUUUAGCUAUUAUAAACAUUUUCCUUUUUCAUAGCCGUAUCUCUUGUUGCCUUGGCAAUUAAAGCAUGUUCUGUGUCAUUUCUCUCCUGUGAUUUUGUUGAUGUACAGUAAUCACCUUCUGGAAGUUGUGGGGCACUUUCCAAGCGUUGUGGAAUACGGCCCCCGGUGGUGGUUGGAAAUCACUACUGCCCUCUGCCGGUCUGAUCCAGGCUUACCAAAUGCUGACUGAAAAUGAAUUCCUCCUACCUUCAGAUCAAUAUUUCACAGUGGCACUUUUAAAUAUCCUCCUGUUUCCCAGUCCAGAACUGCUCCACCUCCAGGGAUAAGAUGGUCUUUUAAAUAAAUUAUUCUACUGACUAAUGCAGAGUAAUCUAGAUAGAUGAUGAUAAACUGUAGAGAUUCUGUAUUCAACAGGAAGUUUUUCCUCUUGAAAUGCUGGUGUUUCUUGACUUUUCAUAUAUAUAUUUUUUAAAUAA